AUGAAUCGUUCCAUCGUCCGUCGGCUAGGCGGCACCGCCACACGAGCCAAUUUGUUCGGUGGCAAGAAGCAGAUGAACAACAAACAGCUCUUCACCCCACCCACCAAAGGGGAGCUGUCACUGAACCCCGCCGACUUGUUUAAGAAAAACGAUAUCCUCAUGUUUUCGGAAAAGCCCAUCAAUUAUAUCGAAAGCGUGCGCCCAUUUGGGUUCCACCUUGCCAAUAACAUCUUGAUUAAAAGUCCUAAUAAAGAGGGCGACGUCAUCGGGGCGUUGUUCUUGAUGACAGAGACUUUCGAGGUGAACCUCAAAGAUGGCGGCUACAAGAUCGACGGUGUAGUAGUUGAGUUUGACGAGACACUGGUGCUUUCAGUGCUAGAGAAGAUCCACCCCAAACCCGAGCUUAUCGUCGUCGGGGUGGGCGCUAAAAGCCGGAUGUUGAGUCCUGCCAACCGCCGCUACCUCCUGCUGUUGGGGAUGCAAAUCGAGGUUGCCGACAGUUCGCGAGCAGCGGCGCUCUACGACCUCCUCGCCACAGAGCGGCCCAACGUCGUCGCCGCUUUACUCCUCCCUCCUAACGUGUAA